GUGUCAUUAUUGUUUUCGUCGUGUCGCGUGUGAUACGUGUGUUUCUCCGCUGUUGCCCAGAGGAAUCAUGCAAUAUCGAUUCCAGUAAGAACUAUUGCUGCUCCGUGAUUGGAAUUUGGUGUAAUCUACAACCCCGAAAGUAUUUGUCCACUUUCUCUGGCAUUCCUUCACCCACCCUCGCACGCAGCUAUGACCGAGAAGGAAGCUGUCCUGGCCGAAAUCACUGCCCAAGGAGACGUCGUGCGUAAGCUGAAGGCAGCCAAGGAAGACAAAUCUAAGUAAGCUAAGAAGCUACAUAAAAUCCGCCUCACACUAGAGCGGAGAAGUCAGUAACCUUCCGCUGUCUGUCCCUCGGGAAACCGCAACCCAACCAACACUCAGGCUCGAUCAUUUCAUCUCAAAGCGCACACAACGAAACAAAAAAAAAAAGAGACAAAACAAAUUUCUUCAAAGACGGAAAACGGAAGCGCCUAGCGUGACCGUACUCGCCGUACGAUUGUUGUGGGACAAGAUGCUUCGUCAGCUUCACCGUACACUCCGUUACGCUUCAACGCCACCGCGACUGACGGCGGGAUCCGCUGGUGGCCAAAUCAAGCGAAACGCCUCUUCUCUGGCGAUAUUCGCCGCUCGCGGUGUCGCUGUUCCGUUGAAUUCGGUUCCACACGAUCAUACGCGCACUAACUGUCGCUUCUGCUGCCGGUCGACUGCUGUAGCUUCGCAGUUUGAGUCCACAGGCCACAAUCAGCAUCAAAUCGCUCAGAUCGAUGAGGAAGUCGCAAAACUGCUGGCCUUGAAGGCCAAGCUGAAAGAUUUGGAUGGAGGGAACCCGGAACCGGGCAACAAAAAUCUCACCCUGAAAACACCGAAGGGAACUCGCGACUAUGGGCCGGAAUCGAUGGCCCUGCGGCAGCAAAUCUUCGACAAGGUGAUCGCCGUGUUCAAGAAGCACGGGGCCGAAACGAUCGAUACACCGGUGUUCGAGUUGAAGGAAGUUUUGACGGGGAAGUAUGGCGAAGACAGCAAGCUGAUCUACGACUUGAAGGAUCAGGGUGGUGAGAUUUUGGCCCUGCGGUACGAUUUGACGGUGCCGUUUGCACGGUUCGUUGGCAUGGGUAAUGUGUUCAACAUCAGACGGUAUCACAUUGCGAAGGUUUAUCGGCGCGAUAAUCCGGCCAUGACGAAGGGACGCUAUCGGGAGUUCUACCAGUGUGAUUUCGACAUCGCCGGAACGUACGAUCCGAUGCUGCCGGAUGCGGAGUGCGUCAAGGUGGUGGUGGAGAUCUUAUCCGAGCUGGAUAUUGGGGAUUUCGUGGUGAAGCUUAACCACAGGAAGCUGCUGGAUGGUAUGUUUGAGGCGUGUGGCGUUCCGGGGGAUAAGUUCCGGACGAUCUGUUCGUCGGUCGAUAAGCUGGAUAAAACUCCCUGGGAGGAGGUCCGGAAAGAGAUGAUCGACGAGAAAGGUUUGGAUGGGGAAAUUGCCGAUCGGAUCGGUGAAUAUGUUCGUCUGAGUGGCGCAAUGGAUCUCGUUGAUAAAUUGGCAGCGGAUGAGAAGCUUAAGACGAUUAAAACCGCCCUGGAAGGCAUCGAGGAUAUGCGGCUGCUGCUUCAGUAUUGUGACAUCUUCGGUUUGAAGGAUAAGAUUAUUUUCGAUCUGAGUUUGGCUCGUGGAUUGGACUAUUACACGGGCGUCAUUUACGAGGCAGUGUUGAAGGCCGAACCAAUUUCACCCACUAUUAAUGGUAAAUCAAAAUCCAAGGAGGAAGAGGUUAGUGUUGGAUCGGUAGCCGGUGGCGGUCGGUACGACAAUCUAGUUGGCAUGUUCAAUCCCAAGCGGAAACAAGUUCCGUGUGUUGGUGUCUCCGUCGGAGUGGAGAGAAUCUUCUCCAUCCUGGAGGCCAAGAGUCAGCAGAAGGUGCGAACAACGGAGAUUGAAGUAUUUGUUGCUUCCGCCCACAAGGGAUUGCAUUUGAAGCGAAUGGAAGUGCUGGGCAAGCUGUGGGAUGCUGGUAUUAAGGCGGAACAUUCGUACAAGCUGAAUCCCAAGCUGCUCGGACAGUUGCAGUACUGUGAGGAGAAUCAAAUUCCAUAUGCAAUCGUUCUCGGCGACGGCGAACUUUCGCGAGGUGUUGUUAAGCUGAGGGAAAUUAUUAGCCGAAAGGAGGAAGAAGUGCCGUUGGAUAACCUAGCGGAGGAGAUUAGGAAACGGCUAACGGUAUAAGCUCCCGGAUAAGAAAAUGCAUACAGUUUUUACAGUUUUUGUUCGUACGAUUCAUUCUCUCAUAUACUCAUUGUCGUUUUUCAAUUCGUUAAUUAAUGCGAAUCAGUUAGAAGCAUCAGAUGUUUUUUUCCUAGUAAUUUAUGAUUCAUUACAGUCUACCAAGCGAAUUCGGUUUGCGAAUAGAGUUGCUUGAAAUGAAAA